GGGGAAAGCUCUACAUAAUACACAAAAUACACACACAUUGCGUGUAUUAUUUUCUUGAACGAAGUGGACGACGAACCGGGGAGUUUUAAGUUUGAACUUUUGCAAUUGCACCCUUUAAUCUUGUAAUAAAUCUUGCUCCACCUAUACACACUCUUUCGAUCUACAUUGUUAUAUCUUUGUUGGCAUUCAUCUUCUGGGCUACAAUUACCCUUCUUGAUCAAGAUUUGUCAAUUACUAGCUGCUGACUACAAAUUACUUGCAUAAUUGCAGCCAAGGAGUGGAGGCUUUAGGUCUGGACGAAUAGAAUAUGAGUAUAGUGCCAAAGGAGACGGUCGAGGUCAUAGCUCAAAGCAUGGGUAUUAAUAAUUUGACCCCGGAUGCAGCUCUUGCACUUGCUCCUGAUGUGGAAUAUCGUAUGCGGGAGAUUAUGCAGGAGGCGAUCAAAUGUAUGAACCACUCAAGAAGAACAACAUUGACGACAGAUGACAUUGAUAGUGCGCUUAAAUUGAGAAAUGUUGAGCCAAUAUAUGGAUUCGCGUCCGGUGAUCCUUUACGGUUCAGACGUGCUCUUGGACACAAGGAUUUGUUCUACAUUGACGACAAAGAUGUGGAUUUUAAAGAUGUAAUUGAAGCUCCUCUGCCUAAAGCACCACUGGAUACUUCAAUAGUCUGUCAUUGGUUGGCGAUUGAAGGUGUACAGCCGGCUAUUCCAGAAAAUGCUCCUGUAGAAGCUAUCACUGCUCCUCCAGAGACAAAUAAAGCUGAGCAAAAGGAGAGUGAACUACCUGUUGACAUUAAAUUACCUGUAAAACAUGUUCUGUCCAGAGAGCUUCAGUUAUACUUCAACAAAAUUACUGAACUCACAUUAAGUAGGUCUGAUUUGGUCCUCUUCAAGGAGGCCCUCGUGAGCUUGGCCACAGACUCAGGUCUCCAUCCUUUAGUUCCCUACUUCACUUGUUUCAUUGCAGAUGAGGUUGCACGUGGUUUAACAGAGUUUAAUGUUCUGUUUGCUUUGAUGCGUGUUGUUUGGAGUCUUCUCCAGAAUCCUCACAUACGAGUAGAACCUUAUCUACAUCAGUUGAUGCCUUCAGUUGUAACCUGUCUUGUGGCAAAAAGGUUAGGCAAUCGGUUGGCAGACAACCACUGGGAGUUGAGAGACUUUACAGCAAACCUUGUAGCAUUUAUAUGCAGAAAAUUUGGACAUGUCUAUAACAGUCUCCAAUCACGGCUUACUAAAACCUUGCUCAAUGCUUUUUUGGAUCCAAAACGAGCAAUGACUCAGCACUAUGGGGCGAUCCAAGGGUUAGCAGCACUAGGGCCUAAUGUGGUUCGACUUCUUAUAUUGCCAAAUCUUGAGGCCUAUCUGAAGCUACUUGAACCAGAAAUGCUUUUCGAAAAUCAAAAGAAUGAAUUGAAAAGAUACGAAGCUUGGCGUGUCUAUGGUGCCUUGCUGCGUGCUGCAGGUCAAAGCAUAUAUGAUAAACUUAAAUUGUUUCCGCCUUUAGCAUCCCCUCCUGCCCAUGUUGUCUUGAGGCCUAAUGCAAGGGUUAUUACCUCAAAUUUGACAAAUAAACACACAGCAAGCACAGCAAACACCGAUGAUAUGGAUAUGGAACAUCAGUCUCCUCUAAAGAAGGUCGCACUUGAGGGUGCUAUAGUUCCAGUGUCAAAUAACUCUUCGCCACAUGAUAUGGAAGUAGAAGCAAGACUCCCAGACUCUUCUGGUGCGUCUGAAGCAAGUCCGCCAUCAUCAUUACAGACCCCCAACGAAAACAAUAAAAGCAGCGAAGGACGAAAAGAUAGGGGUGAGAAUGAAUCUUUAAGGAUGAGAGCUUUGCUCAAUCAGACAUGGAAGGAGGAUUUAAAAUCUGGGCAGCUUUUGGCUAAACUAUAUGAACAGUUUGGUGAAAGGAUUUUCUCUUUUAUUCCAACUCCGGAGUUGGAGUUAUUUCUGUAACCACCGGAAAGUAUGUGAUAUUAUAUUUGCAAGAUUUAAUUAAAUUUGUAUAUUUUCCUUAUUACAAAAAAAUAUAGCUUUUCAAAAACUCCCUGGAGCUUUUGCGUUUCGUUA